AUGCCACAUCGAAAUGAUAAAUGCCCUUUAGUAAAUAAAUGUCAGAUCCAUCCUUGGAUCCGUUACAUGUUGAUCAUUGUGGCCGAAAAGGCCAAGAUUUUGAGCUUGGACGACGGGAUACCACGUUUUGACACUGAUAAGGACCCUCAUCGAACUUGUUUGAUAGCUGAACGAUCAAAUGUGACGAGUAAAAAUGGAUCCGAGAUGGAGAAUUUGAAGAGCAUUUUUAAUGUAAACCAGAGCUAUCUUGAUCUUCAACUUGAAUGGUUUGCUAAACUGAAGUCAUUGGAGGUGCUUCAGCUGGGUCGUUGGCUGGUUUCUUCUACCCAUCACAUUGAAGUUCGGAGUGAAUCGUUCCUAAAAGGUUUGAGGACUCAAAAGGGGCUCAAGUAUCUUAGCCUCCGUGGGGUUUCCAGAAUCACAGAACUUCCUUCCUUCAUUGGAGAACUGGUCAGCCUUGAGAUUCUUGACCUCAAAGCUUGUCAUAAUCUAGAAACUUUGCCAGCAGAUAUUGUAUCUUUGAAAAAGCUCACACAUUUGGAUGUGUCAGAAUAUUACUUGCUGGAAAGUAUGCCAAAGGGGCUCGGCAAGCUUCUUCGGCUCCAAGUACUCAAGGGAUUCAUAAUAGGCAGUUCACAGGAGACUACCAUCGGAAUAGAGGAUCUUCGAAAACUAGAGAAACUUGAGCGACUAAGUAUUCAUAUUGGCAGUGAGUCUGUUAUUAAUAAUGAAUUUAAGAAGUUGGAGGGUUUAAGAAAUGUCAGGUGCCUCGAAAUAUCUUGGGGCGUGGUAAGAGAAGAUCAAUUUCUUAGAGAGUCUCUCCAUUUUCCGCCAGGGUUGGAAAAAUUGCAUCUUCAAGGCAUUCCUCACGACACGAUGCCAGAGUGGUUAAAUCCUAGCCGACUGGAAAAUCUGGAUAAGCUAUACAUAAUGGGAGCCAAUCUCGGCAGUUUGGGACAAGUCCAGACAGAGGAACAACACUGGAAUGUGAAAUAUUUGAUCCUCAAGUAUACGGACAAGCUGCAGAUCGACAAACAAACAGUAAGGAAAUUGUUUCCUUCCAUUGAGUAUGCGAAGAAAGUUAGGUGGAUAAAGGGAGGCGGUACGUCCACAACAGCAGGACGAGAACUCAUUGAUUUUGAGUUGAACAAUUGACCCUUCAAGCGAAGCAUGUCAAAGACAUUGAUUUUUUUCUCUUUCCGUUUGUUUGUUCUUUUCUUGCUAAUGUUGCUGCUGUAUGCAUUUUCGUUUUGUUGAUCUAUUGGGUGUUGUUGAAAUCUGGUUUGUUGUUUUUCGGUUGCAUGAACUUGAUGAAUCGGCCACCUAAAAUAAAUACCUCUCGCUGUAACACGUAUUGCUUGGUAAUUUACUGGGGCAACAAUGUUUUGAUCUUUCACUUUCUGAGUUCUUCAUUA